UUUCCUUUCCCCGCCUUCAAUACUUUUUUUUUUUUUUGAUUCACCCUUUCUUGGAUAUGAAACUUACUGUGGACCUCAUCAAUGACUCUGUCACUCACAUCAAUCCUCUCAAAGAUCGGGAAUUAGUAUUAAGAAAUUUGAAAAUCCCUACUAUUGAAAACUUGGGCGCAACAAAGGAUUUGAAUGACACAAUCGACUUUACCAACAACGACUUGAAAGUACUUGGCAAUUUCCCUCGCCUGAAUCGACUAAAGCAUCUUCUUCUUGCCAACAAUCGUAUAUCAAAAAUUGAUACUGGACUGGAAAACUAUUUACCCGAAUUGACAACGCUGGUGCUGACGAACAAUUCGAUGGAAGAACUUGGAGAUAUUGAACCUUUAGCUACACUUAGAAAAUUGGAUCAUUUAGUAUUGUUGGAUAAUCCUGUCACCAAGAAGGAGCAUUAUCGAUUAUAUGUCAUUUACAAGUUACCAUCUGUUCGUGUAUUGGAUUUUAACAAGGUCAAACAAAAGGAACGUGAUCAAGCACGAGAAUUAUUUCAAGCUGAUGGUCAAGACAACGAAUUAGCACAAUCCAUCACUGGCAACAAAUCCAAAACAUUUGAACCUGGAGAAGGUGUACCAACAACUGCAUAAGUUCCGUCUACCAACACAUACACAUACACAAACAUUAUCACCUCUUCUAUUUGCAACAUCACACUCUCUUCUAUCGCUUCCAUACAUCCUUUUUUUUUAAACCUAUCACACAGUUGUAUAGACAAAUCAUUUCCCAUUCAUCACUUGCUUCCUUUUACUUUUAUAUUUAUUCCAUGUUGAUCAAAUAAAAAAAAA